UUUUUUGAUGUGUGUAACUAACAUUUAAACUUAUACUUUUUUGAGCCAAAUAAGUCAAUUAUCUAUUUCUUCAAAUAAUUAUACGUUUCGACUUUUAUUUUAACGGAAGACAGUUUUACUGAGCCAUGUCAACUGAAACGAUUGUUUAAACAAUUGAAUGGAGCAACACUUAUUCAACGACGCUCUCGUGCACCAACAUCGGUGAAGAUGAACUAAAGGCCAUUUCAAGAAUUAGUAAAGUUAUGAAUAAUAUUGAAAUCAAGCCUCUUUGCCAACAAGAUUAACUGUUUGUUAAAAAUCCGAUUACAAGCUGAUACUUUGUUUCAACAGUCUGUCAACCUGUUUGAUCUAGAAGGAUGCCAUUGUUUUCUUGGUCAUCAUAAUUAACAAUAGUUUUAAAUCAGCUGGUCCAUUUUGUGUCAACAGAGGAACAAGGAAUCUCGGUUACCAUUUCAAUGAAGAAACCAUAAGCCUAGCUGGAAAACAAUUUGGAGUUAAAUUCAUCAUCAGCUGAAAGUAAACAACCAAGUAAAGAGUGUUAAACCAGCAGUGAAAUUUGAAAUUUUACUAGUGUUUUAACCACCAGUCUAGCCUAAUCAGUUUAACAUAAGGCUACAAAUUUCAAUACGUUUACAACUUGUGCUUUUAGAGAUUUUUUCUGCCUGUUCAACUGGGUGCUUUCGCGAUCUACUCAACAUUCAGUUUCAGUGGUGAUAAGUUAAUUCUUGCUCUUACCUAUUUGAUUGUUCAGUUUUGUUAAUACCAACGGAUAAUCAGUGAAAAAGACAGGACAAGCGAUAUUUUCUUUUCGCAUGUUGUCUACUAUCUUAGACCUACUUCCAUUUCAUCGGCAUGCCACCGAAACAUGUGAUGAAAAAUAUUCACUUCUCCGGAGAACAACCCCAGAUUCUGAGAAAUCUUUUGGAUCAAUAGGAGAUACACCAUCUAAACAACGCAAACCAUCCGACCCAACGACCAAAGAUGAUGAAACCAAUUAUGUCAAUUAUCAAGAAGAGGACCAAAUGGAGGUCUAUGGUUAUCAACUAUCUCAUUUCCUCAGAAUUGUUACAUGGUUCAUAAUAAUAAUAACUUUAGGGAUGUUACGUUUAUUGUUUCAUUGGAAACCUCAUUGGAUGUUAAUCUGCACCCAUCGUAGAUGCAGAUUAAAAGAGGCACGAAAAGUUAUGUUGAUUGAUUCAUUCAAUCAAAUUUAUGUUGAAACAAUCAAGACGAUGCAUUCUGCCGUGUUACCAAAUUUUUCAUCCAAUUUGCAAAAAAGCAAAAUUGAAUCAAUUAAAAGCUAUUCCCAGUCAUCACCAUCAGACUGGUCAUCUUUUGAAAAAAAGAAAAAACUUGAUGGCGAUGGAGCUUUUAGGGAUGCCGAUUGUUUCUUAUACUUUGACAAUAAGAGGAUUCGCUACAUUUGGGAUGAGGAGAGUCAACAGUUUGUUAAGCUAAGUGGACUUGAUAAAAAUGUAGAUUGUUCAUUUUUUUAUCACCAACAUGGACUUUCGCCAGAAGAGCAAUCCAAAAGGUUAAGGCUAUUUGGACCAAAUGCAAUUGUGGUUGAAGUACAAUCUAUCCUUCAAGUAUUUUUUAAUGAAGUUUUAGAACCUUUCUACGUUUUUCAAAUCUACAGUAUACUUCUUUGGUGUUUCGACAAUUACUACUAUUAUGCCUCCUGUAUUCUCUUAAUGUCAGCUUUAUCUUUGGGAUCUAGCCUUAUUCAAAUUCGUCGUAAUCAAAGGCAGCUUAGAGAUACUGUUCAGGGAGUUGAUGCGGUUACUGUUUGUCGAGGUUCAGACGAAACAGAAGAAAUUGAAUCCAGUGAUUUAGUUCCUGGUGAUGUUAUUAUUCUACCACCAUAUGGUUGUAUAAUGCAAUGUGAUGCAGUCCUCAUUAGUGGAAAUGCUAUUGUUAAUGAAUCAGUUCUAACAGGAGAAAGUGUUCCAGUUACUAAAAUUCCGUUAUUGUAUCAUGAAGAUGAAUUUUACAACUCUAAAGAGCAUGGAAAGCAUACUCUAUUCUGUGGAACCAAAGUCAUCCAAACUCGAUACUACGAUAGCUCUAAAGUUAAAGCGGUUGUUAUCCGUACUGGAUUUCUUACUUCUAAAGGAGAAUUGGUUCGCUCAAUCAUGUUUCCAAAGCCUGUUGAUUUCCAUUUUAAUCGCCAGAUCUACAAAUUUGUUUUAUGUCUUGUUGUUCUUGCUGGUCUUGGAUUUACUUACUCUGUGAUAAUAAAUGUCAAACGUGGUGUAUCAGCGACAGAGAUUUUUCUCAAAGCAUGUGACUUAAUAACUGUAGUAAUACCUCCUACUCUACCUGCUGCAAUGACGAUCGGUGUAGUUUAUGCUCAAUCUCGAUUAAGACGAUCCAAAAUUUUCUGCAUCUCGCCUAGGUCUAUCAAUAUUUCAGGCUGUCUGGACUGCAUUUGUUUUGAUAAAACUGGUACCUUAACUGAAGAUGAUCUCAGCUUUUCAGAGAUCAUUCCAGUUGACACUGGGACAUUGCGACUUACAAUUCCUAUCCGUGAUCCGUCUCAAUUAACUUAUGGACCAAUACUGAAUUGCCUUGCUACAUGUCACUCUCUUACCAUAAUAGGGGACAAUAUGGUCGGUGAUCCCCUCGAUUUGAAAAUGUUUCAAGCAACAAAAUGGGUUCUGGAAGAACCUUUAGUUGAUGAUGAAAAUAAAUAUGAUCUUCUUGCACCUACAAUUGUCAAGCCUGGAAUGAAUCACAAUGACCCGUAUGGCGAUGAAGUAGCUAACGAUUUUGAGAUUGGUAUUCUUCGACAAUUUCCUUUCUCAUCUAGUCUUCAAAGAAUGUCAGUAAUUACCCGUCUAUUGGGAGAUGAUCAUUUUGUUCUUUAUGCUAAAGGAGCACCUGAAAUGAUUUCAAAAUUGUGCCUUAAAGAAACUAUACCAUCCAAUUUUUCCGAUGUACUUGGUGGUUAUACCGAAAAAGGUUACAGAGUUUUGGGCCUUGCCACACGUGACCUUUCUUUAUCUUAUUCUAAAAUGCAGCGAGCUCCAAGAGAGGAAAUUGAAAAAGAUAUGAAAUUUUUAGGAUUGCUGGUAAUGAGUAAUGUUCUUAAACCAGAGACGACUUAUAUCAUUCAAACACUUUCUACUGCUAAUAUCAGAUCUGUUAUGAUCACUGGAGAUAAUAUGUUGACCGCUCUCAGUGUUGGUCGUGAAUGUCUAAUGAUUAAGCCAAAUGAAAAGGUUGUUUUAUUAGAAUCCAUUGAACAUGAUUCCUCAGCUAUAUCUCCGCCUUUAUUAACUUGGAGAUUUGCCAAUGAUGAUCAUCACUCAAAGAAUCUAGAAAACAUAAUCAAAUCAUCUAGCUUGGAUUGCGUCAAAAUUGCCAUAGACUCAGAGGAAAAGCUGCAUGUUGCUGUCACCGGUAAAACAUUUAGAGUUCUUCGAGAACAUUAUCCAGACCUUUUAAACAAAGUAGCAGUUCGAGGAACAAUUUUUGCUCGUAUGGGACCAGAUCAAAAACAACAACUUAUCGAGCUCCUUCAAGAUUUAGGUUAUUAUGUAGGAAUGUGUGGAGAUGGAGCCAAUGAUUGUGGUGCUCUCAAAGCCGCUCAUGCUGGUAUCUCACUAUCAGACACAGAAGCGUCUGUUGCAUCGCCAUUUACUUCAAAAACACCUAACAUUUCUUGUAUACCUACUCUAAUAAGCGAAGGAAGAGCUUCUCUAGUUACCGCUUUUGGCAUUCUUAAAUACAUGGCUUGUUAUAGUCUCGCUCAAUUCAUUUCUGUGAUUAUUUUGUACACUUAUCAUUCAAAUUUAUCCGACAUGGAAUAUUUAUACAUCGAUCUGUUUUUAAUUUCUCUUUUUUUCGUGCUUUUUGGUCGCACUGAAUCUUUCAGUGAGCUUUCUAAGAAUCCGCCGCCGUCCUCUUUGGUUGGAAUUGUUCCUCUCACAUCCUUAGUUUUGCAAAUAAUAAUAAUUAUAAUUUUCCAAAUGACUUCAAUCCUUGUUCUGUGGGCUCAACCUUGGUACAUAGUUCAUGAACCAGUUGAUGAAGAUGACUUAGCCUGUCAUGACAAUUACGCUAUAUUUGCUGUAUCAGUUUUUCAAUACAUAAGUCUUGCCUUAGUGUUUGCAAAGGGUGCACCUUAUCGUAAACCUGUAUAUUCGAAUAAAUUGUUCAUAUCCGCCAUAGUUUUGAUGACUCUUUUAACAUCAUACAUCGUUCUCAUUCCUCAUCCUUGGUUAGCUAACCUCCUAGAACUGGACAUCUCUGGUGUUUCUAUGGAAUUCAGGUGGUUCUGUUUAUUCUUGGCUCUACUCAACUUUGUUGUUGCCUACCUGACUGAGUCGUUCGUUGUUGAUUAUCUUAUCCAUGUUAAAUUCCGUUCUCUUGCCUGCGUCAAAUCAUUUUCUGGUCAAAAACCGUAUGAGAUAAUUGAAGUAGAAACACAAAACAAUACAAGUUGGCUUCCACCAAGAUUGAGUCUUCCUUCGAGCUUAUCUGAUCUUCAAAUGGCUGCUACAAUCAUCUGUGAAGCUGAAGACGAGAUUGAUUCCAAAAGAAAACAUUCAUCUGAUGCAAACGGAACAUCCUCAAAAGAAUCUAACUCUGAGUCUGGAAUAUCCCUAUCAUCACCAGCUUCAAUGGCAUCUGAUAAAGCCUAAGCUAGUUUAUCAACUAUCCAUCAAAAGAAAUCUUGUGUAUUUUAAUCAUUAUUGUAUUAAUACGUUUUUUGUUAUCAAUGUUAAGAUAUCAAAAUUAAGUUCACAUGUUUUGUACUUGUUUAGAAUAUGAACUUUGUCAAGUCCCAAAAAAUAAUUUAAAAAAAUCUAUAUAAUAUUUGA